AUGGCCUCCACCACCAACAACAACGAUACCACCGCCCUGGAAACUAUCUGUCGCCGCGCCGUCGCUGACCCCUCCACUUGGCCUCCCAUCAACAACAGCGAUACCACCGACAUGGAAGCUCUCUAUCGCCGUGCCGUCGCCGACGCCUCCUCACUCACCCAAGGCGAAAUCAACCUAAUUUUUGGCUGGGUCUCGCCCGAGGAAGACGAACAUAUCUGCCGUACAAAAGCGAAUGGAAAGACACGCGCCGAGCUUAUCGCCAUCGCCGCGACAAAUCCAGAGCAGCUAACAAGAGUCGAAAGCGAACUUGUCCAGCGGAGUGUGCCUUUUCUCAUCGAGCUUCGGAGGGAGGCACAAAACCCAAACGGGUCUCCGCCUGAUAUGAUAGAGGUGAUCGACCGCGGCCAACAGUUCAUAGCAUUGGCUCAGGCGAAAAGGAAAAUCCCUUUGUAUAAGGAGGCCCUUCAAGCUGUUUGGAAUUCGCUUGACGACCAGGAAAGGCUUGCGAUUAUUGCUGCAGGAGAACAGUCCUCGCAAAUCAUGGAUGAGGAAUGGGCUGAGGCCGAUCGUAAAACUCCGCGCAGGAUACAGCAAACUGACCAGGUGCCGGAAUUUUCGAGAGAUUAA